AUGGAGCGGGUUCACGAACUAGUCAACAAUGCCAGGGAGCUCAUCUCUAAAUAUCGACCUUUUAAUGGAGGGGCCGAUGACGAGCACAAGGAACAACCCAGCCCUGCUCAAUCUAUGCUUACCGAUGUCGUCCCCUUGGACGAAAAUACCUACCCGGAAAACCCCAAAUUUGACAAUCGCUUCAAUGGAGGUACAAUUUACAUGACCAUGCGCCCAGCGUCACUUCAAGGUACCUUCGCCUCCUGGCAGGCGGAGAUGGAGUUCUACGUCAAAGACGUCGACUCUCUCAUGAUGAACGGCCUGCACUGGUCCGAGGCCAACGUGCAGAAAGCGGACGGGUGUAUCCUAGUCCCAUCAGACAACAUGCCCAGCUUGCCAAAAUCGCUGGGCUGGCUGUUCGGCCGCCGCUACCUGCUGGCGGACCUGGGCGACGACCCUGAAUGGAGGGCCACGCUGUGGAUCUAUGGACGGUCCUGCGCCGAGCUGCGGGAGAUGAAGCUCGACGUCCUCUCUGUUGACUUAGUCCGGCGCGCAAACGCUAUUUCCUCGGGUAUCGAGGUCUAUAAGUAUGACUGGGCUCGAGAGGAAGGGUACAAUACGAACGAGUUGUAUGGGCACAUGCCGCUGGAGGGUUGGUGGCCAUGGCCGAAGGAAGAUCCAUUGCAACCAGGGGAGUUUGACGAUGCAGCUAGCGUGGACGACACUUCUUCGGAUGGUGCAGCUAUCGAGGACGACACUUCUUCAAAUGUUGCAGCUAUUGUGAACGACACUUCCUCAAAUGUUGCAGUAUUGUAA